GGCACAAGUAAAUGCAUGUGUGAGUAGGAGUCGUACAAAAAUCGGAUGAAAAAUAUCAUACCUAUAGCAUUGCUCGUCCAUUCAUGUCAUCUCUGUGGCCAUGCAUGCAUGGAGAAAAUAGCAGAAAAGGUGUUUUGGUUUUGUGGACUUUGACGACUCACCCGCGCUCUCAAUUUCUCUCCCGGCUCUCUCGUGGUCACCCCGAAAACACGCCACGCCAAUCGAACCGGCCGGAGCCUAUUCCUCGAAUGCGGUGAAACGGACCGGAACUUUCGUACGUAGCAUUGCUCGAUCGGUCCCUCGAUGGCCGCGUCGUCCGUCUUCCUCGCCGUCCUCCUCGUCGCCCUCCAACUCCUCCAUGUGGCCCACGGCGAGAUCAAGACGACGCCGAUCGCGUCGGACUCGCGGCCGGUGAUUCUGUUCGAGGAGUUCGGCUUCAAGCCCGGCGGCGUCGCGGAGGUGUCCGUGUCCGAUGUGUCAUGGAGCGUCCCCGAGGGCUCCCAGCUCCAGGCCGUGGACCCGGGGCUCAUGGGCUUCAUGCUCAUCUCCAACACCCUCUUCUUCAAGAUCACCAACGAGUCCGAGUACGCCGAGGAGACCGGCACAGCCUUCUGCCCGCUCACCAGCGAGUACGUGAUGCCGCUGUUCCGGCUAAAGGACGUCGGGCCCGACGGCAAAGGCAAGGGCACCGUGACCAUACCCGCCGCCGACCAGUACACGGUGCUCUUCAGUAGCUGCCAGGACGGCGUGGAGGUCACCAUGGACGUGCGCACCGAGAUGUACAACCUCGUAGGCGGCAACGGGAGGGACUACCUGCCCGUCGGCCUGCUCCCGCUGCCGGGGAUCUUCGCCGUGGCGUCCGCCGUCUACUUCGCGUUCCUGGCGGCGUGGUUGUUCGUCUGCGUCAGGCAGCGCGCCACGGCGGAGCGGAUCCACGCCGUGAUGGGCGCGCUUCUGCUGUUCAAGGCUCUCAAGCUGGCGUGCGCCGCCGAGGACUCGUGGUAUGUGGAGCGCACCGGCACGGCGCACGGCUGGGACGUCGCCUUUUACGUCUUCGGCUUCUUCAAGGGCAUCCUCCUCUUCACCGUCAUCGUGCUCAUCGGCACCGGCUGGUCCUUCCUAAAGCCAUACCUCCAGGAUCGUGAGAGGAACGUGCUGAUGAUCAUCAUACCGCUGCAAGUGAUCGAGAACAUCGCGUCGGCGAUGAUCGGGGAGACGGGGCCGGCAGGGCGGGACUGGCUGGCGUGGAACCAGAUCUUCCUGCUGGUGGACGUCGUCUGCUGCUGCGCCGUUUUCUUCCCCAUCAUCUGGUCUAUCCGCAACCUGCGGGAGGCGUCCAAGACGGACGGCAAGGCGGCAAGGAACCUCAAGAAGCUCACCCUCUUCAAGCAGUUCUACCUCGUCGUCGUCGGCUACCUCUACUUCACCCGGAUCGCCGUUUCGGCCUUCGCCGCCGUCCUCAGCUACAGGUACCAGUGGGUCGUCAACGUCUCCGUCGAGAUGGCCAGCCUGGCCUUCUACGUGUUUGUCUUCUAUAACUUUCAGCCGGUGGAACGGAACCCGUAUCUAUACGUUGCCGACGAGGAAGAGGAGGCUGCCGGCGGGCAGCUUGAGUUGGAGGGCACAUUUGAGAUCUGAGACACCCCGGAUGUCUCUCCAAGUUCUGUACAUCCUACUUAUAACUGCCCUAUUGUCGCGGUAUUGUUUCCCGGUAAAGAGAUUUGUAGGUGAUGGAGGCUUGUGAUCACCAACCGAUAGGCUAAUAACCUCAAGGCACCCACGAUGUAUCCAUUGUUCAGUCCCCGGAACGGAAUCGGCCGGGUAACUACCCUAUGUCAUGUGUAGACUAUAUAGACCGUGUGAGGUGCUCAAAUAAUAUAGUGGGACUCCAGCUAAGGUACUAGAUGAAACGUAUGGUGGACGUCGGCUAGGUGUCUAGCGGCCGGUGUAUCGUCAUGUUCCGGCUAGGACAAACCUCUAUAUGGAAUGAAAUUGAUGGGGAUGCUCUAAGAACCUAAAGUAUGAACUACUACUUCUUCAA